UUCCGCGCAGCCAACAUUCCACGCAUUAUUUCAGCUUCAUAUUGUGGCAGUGAGGUGGGCGAAUUCGAAAUCUAUGCGCCGUACAGUUAUUAUGGCAGCGAGGCAGGCGGUGAUGUAGCUACCGAUAUUAAUGAUAGUGUAUGGGGCAUACCAUCGGCCAUCAAACAUCGUGCAAAGGCUACAAAUCGUUUGCGCAUGCGCAAAGGUCGCAGUGUUGUACACAAAACCAUAGAGGACAAUUACACCGCAGUGGUCGUGGCAAAUCACGAAGCCUUAGCACAGGUGCUCGAUCAGCUCCAACAGACGCCCGUCAUUCCACCCGCUCUGCGUCCCCUAGCCAACGCCAUUAAUUUACGCUUUGAGGAUUUCACCAUACUGGAUGGCGCGCAAGCAUUUGUUGUCGGCAAGAAAGCCUUCCAUGCGGCACUCUGGACCACAGCGCCCGUCACCUUGGCGCUUUCGGCAGACUGUAAUCAGCUUUCGGGUGUUGGCGGUGAAUUGAAUCAGCUAUCGGGUGGCGUCUGUGGUGUACUUAAUCCAAUUACGGAAUUCUGUGAUUUGGUGCCCAGCUAUCACUUGCCGCUGAUGCCCUCCACAGCUGUGACCUUGUUACAGGCUACGAUUUCGGUACUGCCACGCUUGCAAUUGGACACGCUACAAUCGAUCGGCGCCAUACUCAAAGGCAAAUCGCAGCUGUUGGACAAAAGCAACUUCAAUUUCCGUGGUUCCAUACCGAAUUUGGCUGCUAGUGGAUUGAAGGAUAGCGCUACCAUAAAUACCUUACGGAAUGUGGUAUCUGUGCAAAAUCUGAGCACUUUGAACGAGGAGUCCUCGUUAGAGAAGUGUGGUAGCAGUUCGUUGGAGGCAGCCGGG